AUGCACAUCACCGCCCCCUCCAUUGCAUUCCUGGCUCUCGCAGCCGGCGACAUCGGCAAGCACCACUCUACCGGUGCUGCCACCGGUGCUGUUACUGGUAUCCCGGGCCAUGAGACUAGUAUCAUUGGUACCGGUGUUCACACCGGAAGCCACCCCAUUGUGACCGGCUCUCCCCACCAAAACGGUACCCAGACGGGCAGCCACCCCAUCGUCACUGGCUCCCCACACCACAACGCUACCAACGGCGGUGGCAAGGACCACACUAUCAUUGGAACUGGUACCGCUCCCUGCUUCAGCUGCCACGGUAGCGCGACUAUUCCAGUCUACGUCCCUACCAAGACUCACGGUGCCUCUGCCUCCGGUGGUGCUUCGCCCUCCGGCGGUGCUAACGGUGGCUCUGGCUCUGGUUCUGGUAGCAACGGCUCCGGCUCUGGAUCUGGAAGCAAUGGCUCUGGAUCCGAGUCUGGCUCCGGCUCUGGCAGCAAUGGCUCCGGUAGCAACGGUUCUGGCUCUGGAUCUGGCUCUGGCAGCAAUGGCUCUGGAUCUGAGUCUGGCUCUGGCACUGGCUCUGGUGCCAACGGCUCUGGAUCUGGAUCUGGAUCUGGCAGCAACGGCUCUGGCGCUGGCAGCAAUGGCUCCGGCUCUGGCUCUGGCUCUGGUGCCUCCCCCUCCGGCAGUGCUGGAUCUGGCUCCGGCUCCGGUGCCUCCCCCUCCGGCGGUGCUGGCUCUGGCUCCGGCUCCGGUGCCUCCCCCUCCGGCAGUGUUGGCUCUGGCUCUGGCAGCAACGGCUCCGGCUCCGGCUCCAGCUCAGGCGCCUCCCCCUCCGGUGGUGCUGGCUCUGGCUCUGGCUCUGGAUCGGGAUCCGAGUCCGGCUCGACCGAAUUCACCCCCUCCAACCCCGGUUCCAAGAUCACCGCACCCCAGGUUGGAGUCUUUGCUGUUAUUGGCAGCAUUGUUUACGGUGCCGUUAUGCUCCUUGCAUAA